GUCGCCGUACAGCACAGUACUGUAUAUACACUGACUGUUAUUACCUUGGGGAACGUUUAGCAACUCCGUGUUUAACACCAUAUAACCUCUGCUACUUCAGCAGCGGCAACAGAGAGAAAAACCUGGGAGGUGGAAACCAGAGACCGCUUGUGUUAGGCGAGUGUUCGACUGAUCACCACAAUAAAGACGACAAGAGAGAGAGAGAGAGAGAGAGAGAGAGAGAGCAUGUGACAAGUCUACUUUAUUUCAACCUAUUGGAUGAUCAGUGAUUCUUAAGGGGAGGGAUAAUUUCUUGCGAUAUCUCUCACUACAAAGUACAUAGAAAUCAAAGCCCUUCACGCUCCGAGACAGAAGCACUAUAUGAAAGAAACUAUCUUAACAACCUCCUUCAUUUCUGCUCUUUCUUUCUUCUGUACUUCGCAUUGAUUUCACGUAACCGGUGUUAAGUGAAACUAUUUGAGAGGCAAUGGAUCCACUUGACUUUCUGUCUCGGAGGAAAGCGGUGAUUGGCUCCCAGUACCGUCAAAAAAGCCUCUAUUAAAUCCAUAUUUGGUAGUACUUGUGUUUUUAUUAUUCCUAAUUAUGCUUAGACUUUGUUUGAUGACCAAACAACAAAUUUCAACAAAUGAAAAGUUAAGCUUUUUUUCCCUGUGAGUUGUUCACAGUUUGUGUGGUGGUAUGGUUUUCAAAGUGUCACAAUGGCCAAGUCUGCAGCAUCUUGGCAGAUAACUGUUGCCCCCUAUCAUUCAAAUACCCCGACCCUCCCCUGAACAUAUUGUACUCAUCAACCAGCCCCCUUUCACAUCCCCCAGCUUACCCAGCAACCCCCACUACACCCUACUCAUUCCCCUUCUCCCUGAUAGGAAUCUGUGGGUGUCGAUGUCUCAAAGGACUUUUAGAGCUGUAGGAGGGCAAUUUGACAGAUAACAGGACUACCAAAGGAGUCAAAACCGAGUCAUGUCCAUUUCCAUCAAUGUGCUUGCCCACAAGCACGGGAGAAAAAGUCAGUGCACGUAGACCAAACAUCGACAGCAGCUCAGGGAGAGACAUGGAGGGACUGUCAGGUGAUUAUAAAAAAAAGAUUUAAAGAGUGUUCAGGGGGAUUGACUGUGAGACAGGAGCUCACACACUCAUACACACAUCUGCUCAGGGGCUUCUCUCUCCAUUCCAUCAUCCUCCCAGGAUAUAAUUGAAAUAUUGGUUGUAAUUGAUAUAUGGGCUUGGCUGUCUUUCCCCACCUCAUUCUCUUGUGUGUGUGUUAAGGUCGACUUAUCUAGAUUUUACCAGUGAUUAUUCCUGUAGCCCUCUCAAUGGGCUGACCCGCCACAUCCCCGUGCGGGAUGAACAGAGACGGAUGAGCAGAAAAAAGAAAAAAAAAAAGAAGAAUGGAGGACUCUAGUUUGUGUCUUGGUGUGUCGUCAGCGGUGCCUGACGCUGAUGGCCAUCUGAGCAGUGCAGUGUUAAAUGGCCGCUACCCCAUCAGUCAAAAGCUUCAUCAGCUUACUGCCCAGCUAGGACACGCCUUUCCUGACCUGCACCGCCCACAACAGAUCCCUGAAGAGAAAGCAGCCACACCUUUGGAUGAGAAGACCCACCACGCAGCCCUGGCCAGUCAACCUAUCAGCAGUCAGAUGGCCCUACUAGCUAAUCAGCUCAACCGAGACAUUGACGCAGGGGCACUAAGUGGGUUAAAUGGGCGUGUUGACUUGCAGCAGUUUCUCAAUGGCCAGAACUUGGGUAUCAUGUCCCACAUGAAUGAUAUUGAAGAUGACGCCCGCAAGAAUAGGAAGUAUCCCUGUCCAUUGUGUGGCAAGCGCUUCCGUUUUAACAGUAUCCUGUCACUGCAUAUGCGCACACACACAGGGGAGAAGCCCUUCAAGUGCCCCUACUGUGACCACCGAGCGGCUCAAAAGGGCAACUUGAAGAUCCACCUCCGCACUCACAAGCUGGGGAAUCUUGGUAAGGGCCGCGGCCGUGUCAGAGAGGAGAAUAGGCUACUGCAUGAGCUGGAGGAGAGGGCCAUCCUGAGGGACAAGCAGAUGAGAGGGAGCGGCAGUCUACUCCAGGCAGCUCCAACACCCCAUCUGGGCCUCAAUAGCAGCUCUAACACCCAUCAGCAGCAACUAGGCUCAGCCUGUGGCCUCCUUCCCCCUUCUGGCCUUGCCACUCCAGAAACAAUUUCCCAGCCUUCAUCUUCACCCAAGCCGGCUGGAACCCAGGAUGAACAGACCUUGAACCCAACUGCAGGCUUCCGCUGUACCUUCUGCAAAGGGAAGUUCAAGAAGCGUGAGGAGCUGGACCGCCACAUCCGCAUACUCCACAAGCCCUACAAAUGUACUCUGUGUGAGUUUGCUGCCUCCCAUGAAGAGGAGCUGAUAAGUCAUGUGGAGAAAGCCCACAUCACAGCUGAGACCACACAGGGCCAGGGUGCUGGUGGUGCCGGCGGCAUGCAGAUGGCCACUGAAUUCCGCUGUGACGUUUGUGGCCAGGUGUUCAGCCAAGCUUGGUUCCUCAAGGGCCACAUGCGCAAGCACAAGGACUCCUUUGAACACUGCUGCCAAAUCUGUGGCCGUCGCUUCAAGGAACCCUGGUUCCUCAAGAAUCAUAUGAAGGUGCAUCUUAACAAGCUGGCCAUCAAGAGCAAGCCACCCCAGCCGAGUGAGCAGGACAUGGCUGCCGUCAACAGCAUGAGCAAUCUGGCUCAGGAAGCUCAUGCCAACCUUUAUUCCCGUUACAUCUCCUGUCUUCAGGGAGGCUUCCUUUCACCAGACAAACAGGGCUUGAGUGAGCAGCACCAAAUGUUGGCUAAAGCAGGGAUAGCCAUGAAGGAAAAAGAGAUGUUAGGGAAGCUGCUGGGGCCAAUGGCAGGAGGUAUGGGCCAUGCGCUGGGUGAAAAUGAGAAGCGCUCACUCCUGGGUUGUCUCAACCUAGUGCCACCACUCAAGUCGAGCUGCAUGGAGCGCCUCCAAGCAGCUGCAAAAGUGGCUGAGAUAGACUCCCUCAAUAGCUACCAAGCUUGGCAGAUAAUGGCUCGUGGCAUGGCUAUGGACAGGGCUUUCAUGCCGAAGGAGCAGCAGCAGCACCAGCACCAUAUACCCCCAGGGCAGGAAGAUGAGAUGGGUGGUGCUAGGGCCUUGGCUUCUUUCUCAAAGGAUAAACAAGACUACUCCUUGAUUGCUUCCAAUGAUAGCUCCAAGCAGAAGCAGCUCUCAGAGGCCUUGCAGGGAUCCAAGGCCGCUAGCGGAGCCAUGAUGUCCAUGAAGGAGGAUGGAAGAGGCUUUGACAGUCACCGUGACUUAAUGUCUCACCACGGUAGUGCUGAGGCUCCUGGAGCCCUGGCUGGCUUGGGAAGCCCAAACAUCGACUACAGCCACUCCAGCCUCUCUGGGCUGAAAGAGAAGCCGUCAGAGUGCCCUGACUGUGGCCGGGUUUUCAGAACCUACCAUCAGAUGGUUGUCCACUCCCGCAUCCAUGGCAAAGACAGGAGAGGCAUUGAGGAAGCGCUCCAGCAACAAGGUCUGGACGAACGCCGUGGAUCUGCCAGUGACCCAGAGUCCCAGUCCAUCAGCCGUUCCACCACUCCUGGUUCAUCCAACGUGACAGAAGAGAGUGGAGCUGGAGGAGGACACUCCCAGACAGGAAGCGUCCAAGAUGACAGCCCACAUCCCUCCUCACCAUCAUCAGAUGUUGGGGAGGACUUGGGGAAGGCAGCGGGGAGCAUUCAGCCGUCUCUGUCCCAGCAUCGUGAGCGCAGUCUGGGCUCGUCCUCCAAGGAUUGCCCCUACUGUGGCAAGUCUUUCCGCACUUCCCAUCAUCUCAAAGUCCAUCUGCGGAUACACACAGGAGAGAAACCCUACCGGUGCCCUCAUUGUGACUAUGCCGGCACCCAGUCUGCCAGUCUGAAGUACCACCUGGAGCGCCACCACCGCGAGCGUCAAAAUGGCUCCACCACCUCAGGCCCAUCCUCUGGCCACACCCCUUCUUCUGACCACAAAGAGGAUCAUGGGAAGACAGCCGGUGGCGGUAUCUUUGCUCGACCAGAUGUCCUCCGCAAUGUUUUCAAAGGCAUGCCUCCCAACCUAGACUUCAGGGCUGGUCCAUUGCUGCCACAUCAGUGGGCAUCAGCUGGCAUGAUGUCUCCGCACGACCGAGAUCGGGAGCGUGGAGAACGCCAUUUUGACUCUGCUUCCUCAGCUGAGAACAUGAAGACUGCCGAUGGCCCGUCCUCCUUGGUCUCAACAGCGCCAGAUAGCUUCUCCGACCUAAGCAGGGCUUACCAAAGCAUGAUGGGAAAUGGAGUUCACUUUCAAGGUUCUCUCCAAGCCUUCAUGGACAACUUCGUCCUCAGCUCCAUGAAGAAGGAUAUGAAGGACAACCAGAGUCCAGCCCAGCUCCAAGCCCAGUGCUACCAUGAUAACGGUGAGCCCAAAGCAAAGCGGGCCGUCUCGGCUGACCAGGAAAGAGAGGAUAAGGCUGAAGCCAAACAGAACUCAGAGCCUGGCAAACCUGGGUCCCAGUAUGAACCCCUUGAUCUGUCUGUGUCAGUAAGGCCUGAGUCUGCAACUGGAUCUCUCCCCGGCUCUUCAGUCACCAUCCACGAUAAUGUGGCAUGGCAUGGCUGCCUCUUCUGCUCCUUCUCCACCUCCUCAUUGGAGCUCAUGGCUCUGCACCUCCAGGCCAACCACCUGGGUAAGGCUCAAACGCAGCGGUCUGACACAGGCAAAGAGCUUCAUGGAGAGGGUUCUCCCACCACUGCCACCAUUCACUCCUCCAACACCAAGACCUCUUGUGUGGUUUUUGACAAAGAUGGAGACAGAGACGGAGAGAAAAGCCAGGGAGGCUGGAACAACCACAGGAACCAGCCCUACAACCCCUUUCAGAGUGACUUCUACAGGCGGUUUGGUGGCUUGUAUGAUGGAUCCCCGAGGGCCAACCAGGUACUUCAAGGGUACAUAGCCCCAGCAGAGCAGGGUCUGGAUCUACCUAGCCAGGCCUUUGGAGGAGCAUCUUCAGCUGGGGAUGACCAGAUCGGUGAGAGGGGCUCCUGUGGAGACGUGGAAGAAACCCAGGUUGGAUCAGAUGAUGAGGUUGUAAAGGCUGGGGUGCGCAGUGCCAGUGAGACCCCCUCAACCACCCCCAAAAGACAGCAACCGAAUCACUCUGAUGAAGAGGAAGAUGAGGGAGGAGUGCCUGAAGAGGAGGAAGAAAGAGACGAGGAUGGGCAAAUGGACAUGGAGAGAGAGGAAGAAGAAAGUCCAGCUUCAGACCACCUUCAGAACCACCCCAAACAACUCCAAGACGACGCAUCUCUGCCCCCAAAGAGUGGAGCUGGUUUGGUCGCAUCUCCCUCCUCCAUAAAACCCAAGAACCAAGCUUUGCCUCUGGAGAAGCAGUGGCAGCAGAGCCUGGGCAUCCUGUCUCCUGGAGGUCCUCCAGGACUGUUGAAGGCUGAGCAGCAGACCCACCUAGAGCAGCAGAUGAACAUGCUGUCUGUCCUCAGAGCCUACAGCAAUGACAACCUCCCAGCAUUCAACGGCCUGGGUGGCGGAGCGGGAGGAGCACCUACAGGGGGCAUGAAAAGGCCAGAUGCACCUGGCCAGAGACCAUUCAAGUGCAGUUACUGCCCCUACAGUGCCUCCCAGAAGGGCAACCUGAAGACUCAUGUGCUGUGUGUGCAUCGUGUGCCCUUUGACAACAGCCAGUAUCCUGACCGACGCUUCAAGCGCUCCCGUCCUGAGUCCGAUGUCCUGGAGAAGAACCCUGAUGAUGCCAUUGGUGGCGUUACAUCUAAUCAACCAAUUACAGGAACAGAUGGAAGCCAUGGGAGUAACAUUGCGUCAUUUGCAGGGGCCACAUCUUGUCACCAGGAGUGAAGCCGCCAUGAGCUGGGUUGAUUAAUAACAUCCAGGAGGGAGGUUUGGGUCUGCGCUGGACAAUACAUUAUCUAAAAUACAAUAGAUUUGUAUUAUCAGACAAACACUCCCUGAUGCACAUGAAUGUUGGUCACUAUAAGACUCAUUUCCAACAGACCUGUGGAGGCCAAACAACGACAAGACAAUGAGAUCAACAAAAGUGCUGGCAGACAGCGCUGUGAAUAGACCACACUUCCUACGUUAUAAACACAAAUAAAACAUACUCUAUAUGUGUUAUUACAAGUCUGUGGACAUUUACUAAGAAAACAUUAUAAUCUAUGUAUUUGUGAUGAGGUGAGUCAGCAUUUUUGUUUUUUUUUAACUGAGCACAGUGGAUUAUGUGUGACAGCAGAAAGGCUAAAGAGUUAAAUAAAUCGUAGUUUUCAGACAAAUCACAGACAAAGGAGUUUUAAGCAAAACGGAAGCCAGAUGAAGUAAUCUAAAAUCAUUAAAGAGACUUUUCUCCAAAAAUAAUGCUUUUAUCAGAAAAAUGAUCUGCGUAAACGAUUUAGUAGAACAGUUACUGAAGGGAAGAUGGAGGAAGAAGUCACCACAGUCACCCUAGAACAUAACACCAGUGGAUGCCAUUUUCCCAGUGCGACUGAUGAGCACUGUAUGUGUGUGUGUGCUGUAGGGUCAGUGGCGGCGAUGGUGGCGUGUGUGUGUGUCAGGGAUAGAGAAAGAGGGGGGCUGGGGGUGGUGGAAUUGGUGCCAGCCUGACUGGAGCUGUCAUCGCAGAGGAAAUCAAUUCAACAACACACAGACACAAACACACACUCAGUCCUACAGUGGUAACCCGACUCUGGUCGGUACACCAGAGGGUCAAGUUGAGUCCCAUCAGCUGGCCGUAGCCCCUCAAGUCACCUCCUUCUCGCCACCAUCCUCCCCUCCACUCUCACUCUCUCUAAUAGCAGCCCAAUCCGUUAGAAUGGCCUGGAAAAUACAACACAAAUCAAUCAGCUGCGUAUUUAAAGCAUCCAUUAGCCGACGUUAAGGCUUGUUCUGCUUUAGUUUUGGCAAUUCAACGUCUGGAGGUCACCUUACAGGCUACAUGUUAGAAAAGUAUGGGGGGGUUUAACUGAUUGUGCUGUGUAGCUUGGGCUGCUUUAUGAUGACAGAUGACAGUUUGGUACUUUGGCAAGGACCUGGGCCAAGAUGUGGGGGAUUUUUCUACAUGUGCUUCAGAGGGAAAGAUCAGAUAUAACCAGCUGCGUUCUGUACAUACAAAAAUAUGUGUGACAUCCCACUAAAAGUUCUCCUCACAUGAAGAGUUUCAGAGACACUCUGGCAUCAACUCAGAAAAAAAGCGAGAUUAAUCUCAUCCUCUGAUAAGCUCUACACAGGGUGACCUAUGAUGAAAACUUAGCGUGUAUACGCAGGUUUUAUUAAAUGCUGGUAAACCCCUUAAAAAUAGACUAUUGACUCCUUUCACAAUGCAAAAAAUAAGGUGUGGCCACAGUGUUUCUGGUUAACAGCACCAUGUUGGGCAGGUGACAGGUGUGUUUACUGUGUUUGUGUGCUCUUACACAGCUGACGGACUGUUAGCCUAGCAUGCUAAUAUGACAUAAACAUAUGGAUGAGACAUUUGUAGACAUUUGCAGAUAGAAACAGAUGAAAGAGUCACAAAAAGGGGCGAAAAUGUGCGUGUUCACCCAGGUGUCACAUUUACAUCACUGCCAAUCGGAGCCGGAGCCGAUAAAUACCCGUGACUACUGCAGAGUCAUUUGACCAGGGAGUGAAUGCCGAUUGUACCCUUUCACAGUGAAGACAAAAGCCAGAUGUUAGUGGGUGUUAGCAGGUUUUUUGUCCAGUGUAAAAGGGGCUAAAGAUUAAUCAUUCACUUGACCCUGCUUUACAUCUCUAAUUAUACUACCUUUUCUAUAAAAAAAUGUACACAAGCUGCUUUUUAUUUUCAAAGGAGGCAUUCUCUUUCUGUGAGAAUGUAGUGUUUUAUUUUUUAUUUGCAUGGUUUUUAUUCCAGGAGUAAAAAGUAACAUAAAACAUUGAAAACAGAAUGUUUUGAUCUUGUAAAAUCAAGCUACAUUGUUUUAAGGGCAAAAAAAGUAUCAACUUUGAUUGUACAUUGUUGUGCCGGCAGCUGUUGGUUACUACUGGGCGAGGAGAAUAAGAAAGUAUGGCGCUUUGUGUCUUGUUGGUAUUGGUGGUAGGGGAUGGGGGCUGGGGGCUGGGGGUUGUUAAUGUUUUUCUGAUAAAGAGAAAUGAUGCAGACUUUAAGUCAAUAGCUUCCCGCACAAACACGCAUGCAAUGGUGGGGAGGGCUAAACUCUUAAAACCCCAGGGCCACAGCUCUGCCUAAAGGAGUUUACAGUCCGACACAAUGCACUCAAGCAUACACACACAGACACACACACAGACACACACACACACAACAACAGGGCAAUACAGAAAUACAAUCCCCCUGCACACAUGGAGAGAUGGAGGGGAAAGCAAAGAGGAAGAAGGAGAGAGGACAUGUAGAGGGAAAAAAAGGAAAGAAAGACAAAGAAAAAGAAAAGAGUAAGGCUUAUAGUUCAAUAUUCUACUGGACGGCUGUAAUUGUGGUUUUAAUUGUGUCACUAUAAUUAGAGAUUUUUUGGCCCUACAGAAAACUACAGUAUUUACGAUUCUUUUUUUUCUUUCUUUCUUUUGGUAGCCAACAGGAGAGUAGUUCUCACUGCCUUAUAACUGAGUGUGUAUAGUCUUUCCCCACUGAGCUUCACCCUAUGAGUCUCAGAUAACUUAAUGUAGUAUAAACUUUAGGUUUCAAUGCACUACUGUGUUCUUGGUGGCUGUAGCUUGCUUUUCUGGAUGUGUGUAUACAUGUGUGCACUUGGUGAACAUUUACAUAUAAUAGCAAAAAGUCAAUAGGAAAAAAAAAAGUUUAAAAAAAGUACACAUUCCAUUUUUUGGCACCAGUACCCUGACUUCUCCAUCUUACUAAAGCAUGUGAAUCAGUACAGUUUCAUCACCUUGUUCAGAUGAGGCAAUAAUUUUUUUGUUUUUCGACACUGGAGAACGGCAUUUGUUGUGAUUCCUCUGUGACUUGUACUCUUUGUCCAUCACUGAGAAUGAUACACCAUUUCCCCCCCUGCUGUAAUCCCAAAAUAAUCCAUUCCAUUGUCCACAUGCUGUUUGUUCUCUAUCAAGCUUCCUCUUGAAGUAGCACAUACAGUUUGCUCAAUAAUAAUCACUGGUGCUAGAAAAAAACACUGAAACCAUGCCCAUUUAUUUCAGCCUGCAAUGGAUUCUGUAGUAUGCAAUCCUAGUCCAAUACUGUCCACAUUCCUAAAUGAAGAAGAUUUCUAUAGCCUAUGGGAGUAGAAGUGAGGACUUUGUAUCUAAAAGAGAAAUAUCCUUGGUCAUUAUUUAUUACUGCACAUCUGUUUGACAAAAUCUUUCAUUAAAGAGGUGUAUCAAACAUGGACUGUUUACUGCGGUCUAGACGUUCUGGUGUACUUUGAAGCAGUGCGAUUUAUCCGGUGUUUUUUCUGCAAUAAAACCUCUACCUCUGGGAAACACU